UGAGUGAUAUAUUAGCAUCCAUCUAACUCUUGAGCCUUAAUUCACUUCUAUUUAAUUUCCAUGGCCAACCAGCUCCUCUCCAUCGCCCCCCGCCAUGUUUCCCUCCCUGAAAACUACGUCCGGCCGGAGCCUCAACGGCCGCGCCUCCAUGAAGUCAUUGCCGGCACUUCUAUCCCCACCAUCGAUCUCAAUUCCCCUGACAUCAUUGACAAAGUGGCUGACGCUUGCACCUCCCAUGGCUGCUUCCAGGUGGUGAAUCAUGGAGUGGAGUCUGUGCCGGAGAUGCUGGAAGUGUCCUCGGAGUUCUUCGACUUGCCGGCGGAGGAAAAGGCAAAGCAUUACUCCGACGACCCGAUGAAGAAGAUGAGGCUGUCGACGAGCUCCAACGUGAGGACGGAGACGGUGAGGAAUUGGAGAGACUACCUCCGGCUCCAUUGCUACCCGCUCGAGGAAUUCGUGCCUUCUUGGCCCUCUAAUCCACCUUCAUUCAAGAGAGUGGUCAGCACCUACUGCAGAGAAGUGCGUCAAGUAGGGAUGCAAAUCCUGAGGGUGAUAUCUUUGAGCCUGGAGCUGGAGGAGGAGUACUUAGUGAAGAUCCUUGGGGAGCUAGAGCAGCACAUGGCAAUCAACUACUACCCCAGGUGCCCGGAGCCGGAACUGACCUAUGGCUUGCCGCCCCACACCGAUCCCAAUGCCUUCACCAUUCUUCUCCAGGACCCCAGCGUCCCUGGCUUGCAGGUCCUCAAGGAUGGCCACUGGAUAGCUGUGGAUCCCCAACCCAAUGCCCUGGUCAUCAACAUUGGUGACCAACUGCAGGCAUUGAGCAAUGGAAGAUACAAGAGCGCAUGGCACCGAGCUGUAGUUAACUCUGAUAAGGAGAGGAUAUCAGUGGCCUCAUUCGUGUGCCCUUGCAAGAGUGUCGUGAUCAACCCACCGGAGAAGCUGAUCACCAAUGGAUCGCCUGCCGUGUACAAGAGUUACACCUACGAUGAGUACUACACAAAGUUUUGGAGCAGAAACUUGGACGACGAGCACUGUUUGGAACUCUUCAAAAGAGAGUGAUGGCAUCUUCAACUUCUGGUCUUUCUGUUGUAUUCAUUCUUGCAAUAGUACAAGGUUGAUUUUUAUUUGUAGUGGUGUAAUAUUGUGGACAUGAUGAUUCAAUUAGCUAGAUAAUGUAUCUGUCUUAGAGGUUGCUUGCAUACUUAGGGUGACUGUGAAUGCAAACAAACACUUGUUGCAUCAAAAACAAUUCCAAAAGAGUGACUGAAGAAAGAAUGGUUACAAGAGAAGAGAAGACAAGAACCUCAAUAAUCCAGCAGAGGUAAAUGACAAUCUUUCUUACAAACACAAUAGAGAACAUUAAGGUCAGGAUCAAUGACUGGUAUUUUCAGAUAGCAUAGCAUGAACUAUACUGUACUUUCUAUAAUUGCAUGUUACAGUUUACACAUCAAAAAUAAAAGUGUUCUUAUUAUUGUGUCA